AUGACACAAAGCCUACAAAAAAAGCUUAGCAGCUCACUAGAGUAUCACAGAGUGUCCCUGCACACCACACAACGACACAAACACUGGACUAACCUAACCCACCCCUGCGUUAUUCUACAUCACUGCUUCCCUGAUGUCAGCGCAAGAGACAGAACAAAGGCUAAAAGGCACACGAUGGAUGCCGAUGGAGAAGAUAAAAAGCUACGUACCCGUUCAAGAGGAAUCAAGGCACAUGUGGAUUCAAUCGUGCAGGAACUCAGCACCUACAAAAACUCCAUGGCUAAGAAGAGAAAAGCUGAAGAAGAGAUUUUGGAAGUUCCAAUCAACAAAAGGAAAUCUCUCUUAAUGAAGCCUCGCCACUACAAUCCCACCUUGGAAGGCAAAGGAGAAAAUGAAGGCAGGACACAUUUUCAGGACAAUAAUAAUGUUCUCCAAGCAGAAAACACCACUUUAAUGUCAGCAAAAAGUAUCUCCUAUUUCAACAUGCAAGAAAAUGAUCUUCAAAAGAAGGACAAUUUCACUAACUGCCAGAAAACAAUGACCAAUACAUUAAUUAAUUUUGAACAAAUAGCAAAAGAUGUACCAAAUUCCCUAGAGAAUGAUAAACGAAGUGAUAGUGACAACCAGCCCUUAAAAACAGAGAAGAACAUUGCUGCAUGUUAUGGAAUUAAUUCUUCGGUAAGGGACAGAAUGAGUGUUCCACAUCCACAAUACUGUUCCUCAGAAGAUAAUGAAAGUAGCUCUGAAAUUCUAGACAAUGAAUGGGAUAGUUCCUCAAAUUUUUCUGAAGAGAUCAGUAUAAAACUGCCUUUAAAUAAGACAUAUCUUGUAGGAUGUAAUCAGGAAGAAGUCCUAAAAACACCUGACGUCAAUGCUGAAGAAAAAGAUGUUAACAGUUCUGAAACUUUUAGUAGUUUGAGAUCAGGACUGCAAGAACCACAGGGCUCACAUGUUGACACUUGCAACAAUAGAAUGCAGAAUUCAUUUCCAGAUUGUGAAGAAGAUGAUUGUCUAUCAGAAAACACAGAACAGUCAUUUGACUUGGAUAAAACAAAACAGAACUUAAAUUUGUUGGAACAAGCGAUAGCUCUUCAGGCAGAGCAGGGUCACGUCUUUCAUAGCACUUACAAAGAACUGGAUAGGUUCCUACUGGAGCAUCUUGCAAGUGAAAGAAGACAAGCCAAAAUAGUUGACCUUGGUGGUAGACCAGUCUAUAACCACAAGCAUGUAUCCAGACCAGAAAAAAGAGAGACCAAAUGUCCCAUUCCAGGGUGUGAUGGAACAGGUCAUGUGACUGGAUUGUAUCCUCAUCAUCGCAGUCUUUCGGGCUGUCCACAUAAAGUCAGAGUGCCACUUGAAAUCCUUGCCAUGCAUGAAAACGUUUUAAAGUGCCCCACUCCUGGAUGUACAGGAAGAGGACAUGUCAACAGCAACCGCAACACUCACAGAAGUCUUUCUGGAUGUCCAAUUGCUGCAGCUGAGAAAAUGACAAUGUCUCAAGAAAAAGGUCAACAUGAAACAUUCAAAACAGGGCAGUGCCAUGAUCAAAUCCACAGGGCAAACUUGGUGAAACAUUUUGAGUUAUCUCAGUACAGCUGCCGAUCUGCCCAAACAAUCCCUUCCUCCAGAACCACUUUUACAAGAGAACAAGAGAAAUAUGGGAAAGUACCUUUUGAUUAUGCUAGCUUUGACGCCCAAGUCUUUGGCAAAUGCACAAUGAUGCCAACUAUACAAGGACAAAAGCCCACACAAUCCUUUGAAUCAAAGCAUUUUUCAAAUCCAGGGAAAUUUUCUAAUCGGCAGCCUAGUGCUAGUGCCCACACACAGAGUCCUUGCCAUGCCAGCUCUUAUCGCUACGAUCAAUGUAGUGAAGACACCCACAUAGCAGCAGCUGCUGCAAUUCUGAACCUUUCCACUCACUGUAGGGAAGCUACAGAGAUCCUCUCCAGCAAACCACGGAGUCUGUCUGCCAAGGGAACUGAAAUAGAAGUAGAUGAAAAUGGCACUUUGGAUCUGAGCAUGAAAAAGAACCGAAGUCAAGAAAAUAUUACUUCUCUAAGUUCCUUCAGUGCCAAUGUCCCCACUCCUUCCUCCUCACCCUUCAAAACAGGCAGCAUUCUGGUCAAUGCCACUUUCUACCAAGCUUUGAAUGAAAAAGAAGGUUGGGAUACACCAAUCAAUUAUAGCAAGAGCCAGGGCAAAAAAGAGGAAGAGAAAGAGAAAGAUCCUGCAAUCUGUCCUGAAACACUGGAGGAAAAGAAAUCUUCGGACAUCUCGGAACCUAGUCCAAAACUCAAGGUCCAUUCAAGAGAUCUCAAAAAGGAACUGAUCAUGUGUCCAACUCCAGGAUGCGAUGGUAGUGGUCACGUAACGGGAAACUAUGCAUCUCACCGCAGUGUUUCUGGGUGUCCUUUGGCUGACAAGACGUUAAAAUCCUUAAUGGCGGCCAAUUCUCAAGAACUUAAGUGCCCCACCCCUGGAUGUGAUGGCUCUGGUCAUGUGACGGGAAAUUAUGCCUCUCACAGAAGUUUGUCUGGCUGUCCCCGAGCCAGGAAAAGUGGUCUGAAAGUGACUCCUACAAAGGAAGAGAAAGAAGAUCCUGAACUUAAAUGCCCAGUGCUCGGCUGUGAUGGCCAAGGUCAUGUAUCAGGUAAAUACACUUCCCAUCGCACAGCUUCAGGUUGUCCCAUGGCUACCAAGAGACAGAAGGAAAGUCCCCUCAAUGGAUCUUCACUACCCUGGAAGUUGAACAAGCAAGAACUGCCACACUGCCCUUUGCCAGGCUGCAAUGGGCUGGGUCACGUUAAUAAUGUUUUUGUCACCCACAGAAGCUUGUCUGGAUGUCCCCUGAAUGCACAAGCCUUAAAAAAAGGCAAAAUAUCUGAAGAACUAAUGACUGUUAAAUUGAAAGCAAAUGGAGGUUUAGAGAAUGAACAUGAAAUCAGACACUUGGAUGAAGAAAUUAAAGAACUAAAUGAAUCCAACCUUAAAAUUGAAGCUGACAUGAUGAAACUCCAGACACAGAUCACAUCAAUGGAGAGCAAUCUGAAAACCAUCGAAGAAGAGAAUAAACUGAUAGAGCAGAAUAAUGAGAGCUUAUUGAAGGAACUAGCUGGCUUAAGCCAAGCUCUCAUCUCCAGUCUUGCCGACAUUCAACUUCCACAAAUGGGCCCAAUCAGCGAGCAGAAUUUUGAAGCAUACGUGAAUACACUCACAGAGAUGUACAGCAAUCUGGAAAAGGAUUAUUCCCCAGAUUGCAAGGCUCUGCUGGAAAGUAUCAAGCAAGCAGUGAAGGGUAUUCAUGUGUAG